CUGUGUCUUGGCUAGGCUUCUCUUCUGACCCUUGAGAGUAGAUGCGUGCGCGUUACUGGGAGGAGUUGUGAAAAACAUUAUGGGGACGAGAGAGGUGUACGAAGAGAAGCUAAGGAGCGGCAAUCUCUACCACGACCCUACCAUCAACCCCGGCCUCGGCUCGCCUCGCUGCCCUCGCUGUCUCUCCCUCUUAAUCCCUAAUUCCUUAAAGGGUGAAUGGACCAUCACUUCCGUCCUACACAACGCCACUGGUGUGGCUGGGGCAGGUAUUGGUGCGAUGCUUAGUGCAGUUCAUGGUUUCAAUACAGGUAUCCCGCACCUUCAAAAUCGUGUGAAGGGACCAAAGUGGCUUCCUUUUGUAGUUGGGCUUCCUCCACUGCUAAUCGUUUCUGGUGCCAGUGCUGCAUUUGGAGGUUAUGCGCUUCCAAAGUUUACUCAACUCACAGUGACAUCCUAUUAUGCUGCCUCAAGUGCCUCUCAUUAUGGGAUAUCACUUCUCACCCGUCAUAUUGAAGAGACCCAUGCUACCCAGACUCGGCAAGAAAGGCUUCGAUGAUUUCAUCCAGGGUAAAAGGAACUACAGUGAGAUUCAGCUAUGGCUAUCCAGAUUUGAAUGAUUUGAUUUAUAAGGAAUUGCUUCGAUUCUUCACCUUUUUUUUUUUUGGUGUUAAUAUAAAAUAUUAUACUAAACAUCAGCUAAAUUUAUGUAAAUGCGCCAACAUUUGGUGUUAUUGGUUUCCUCUUCCAAAUAUAUAUAAAUAUUGGACGAAUGACUAAUUUAGAGCUUGAUAAUCCCACACCCUUCUUUGUCGAUCAUAUACAAAGAAAAUCCUGAAGAACGUACGGGACCAAAACCCUCUUCUCCUUCUAAUCUAGAAGUCAAAGUAAAUCCUGAUUUUGAGAAACCCGAUGAUCGUCUACUAAUUCCGCCCCCUUCAUCAAAGAGAAAUGAUAUAUGUACUUCUAAAUACAUUUUCUGGCGUGUCAGUAAAAAUUAUUAUUGGAUUUAGAAUAAAUUACUGUUGGAUUUUGGAUUCAA